GGUAAGACCACGUGAUUCCACCUCCGCGCCUGCGAGCGGCGCUGUGCGCGGGGUUUAUUAUGACCGACGCGCUGCCGGAUGAUCGGCCUGGGCCAAGCGUUGGGAGGAAGCGACAAUUGAACUGGGCCUCGAGAGUCAACCGGAGCGACCGCGGUUGCGGCCUGGGCGGCUGCAGUAAUUGAAACAAUGGCGGGUGAAGAGUUUGCUUCAAUGAUGGAAGAUGUGACUGUGGAAGAAAUGGACACAUCUGAUACACAGUGGAACUGGUACUACUUGGGUGAAUGUGGAAAAUGGCACACAUUUGAGAAGGAUCCUAGUGUUCCACAUUCUGUAAACAGCGAAGAUAUCGAAAGAAUCUUCAGAAUGAAUACCAAUGGCAGUUUUUCAUUUUCCACUGCAAAAUACAACUACAUGAUAGAUUUUAAAGCAAUGAAACAAACUAAUACAGCAACUGGAAAGCAGAGGCCUGUAACACGUGCCGUCUUCUCUGUCACUGCUUUCAGUUUUAUAUGUGGAAAUGAAGAAAUUCCCAUUCCUUUGCAUUGGGAGAAUAUAGAUCGAGAUAAACCUUACCAGCUCUGUCCAUUGCAUAAAGCUUCAAAUGAAUAUCAGGAAGUUUCAAAACUCUUUGGACAAACAAUGGAUCAGAACCAAAUCACGCAAAUUCAAAGAAUUCAGAAUUUAGACUUGUGGGAGUUCUACUGCAGAAAAAAAGUCCAUUUGAAGAAGAUGAGAAAUGGAUUAGAAGUGAAUGAAAGAAUGCUGUUUCAUGGUACAAGCAAUGAGUUUGUGGAAGCGAUAUGUUCCCAGAAUUUUGACUGGAGAAUAAAUGGAGCCCAUGCUACAGUUUAUGGAAAAGGGUCUUACUUUGCUCGUGAUUCUUUGUACGCCAGCCGUUACUGCCGUGCUGAUAAGAAGUGUGAGGGAGCCUUGCAGACGCAUCAGUGGAAACCACGAUUCAAAACAAUGUUUCUGGCUCGAGUUCUCGUGGGCGAAUAUGUUGCAGGAGACCCCAAAUUUAUACGGCCUCCUUCCAAAGAUGGAGGUCUGGUGAACUUGUAUGAUAGCUGUGUGGACAACACAUGGAAUCCAAAGAUUUUUGUAAUAUUUGAUGCCAACCAUAUUUAUCCAGAAUAUCUAAUUAAUUUCUGUUAAACAGAAAUGAAGAAAUUACUGCUCAAAUUAUCUAGGAAAUUGAAAUGGAAAAACACAUUAAAUGCUGUUUAACCAUUUCCUUAAACAUAGAGAUUCAUUUUUACACUCUUGCAAUUGUAUAACGAGUACAAGCGAGGUGAUCUUAACAGCUCAUUUGCACUGGCUAAUAUGCUCCCUGGGACUUUUCUCUCUGUAGAUAAAGCAUCUGCAAAUGUCCUUGGCAUGAACAUGGAGCUCAUUUGUAUUUGUGGGAGUUAAUGCACAGAAUAUCUGAUGUUGAUAUCCAAUCUGCACUUUAAAACCUGGAAAUAUUGAAGAAAAGAUUCCUCGUGGUAUGAUGCUUGAGAGCGAAGAAGUCCUGCACUCCAUGUGGUGAUACUCUUCAUUGCCUUAUCCCCAUAUCUUUGCUGUCAUGUGUCUUUUCUCUAGUCAGAUAAUCCCAAUGCUGUCCCAUUUCAGCAUAGAGCAAGAGGGCUGCUUGAAGCCCGACUUCUUCCCAUGCACCAUGCCGCUCAGGGCUCGGUGGCCUUCCCUCUCCGAGUGAGCCGGGCCUGGAGCUGGGAUACAGCUGUGGUUCUCUGGCUCCCCCAGGCUGCGGGCCAGCCUCCAGCGGCCCUCUUACCCAUCGAGGCCCAGCACUGCUUCCUGUCGGCAGUCUGCUUACCGGCCCUCUGUCCAACUCCCUCCUCGCCGUUCCACGGAGUGAGCAGGGGCCGGGGUCUGCGGCAACCUCUCCAGGCUGGUUCUUGUUACCGUAGCCGCGAGCCAGCCCUGUUGUGGGGCGUGGCUGUAAACGCGGCCCGUUGGGAACGACCUUCUGCCGCAUAGUCCGUCGGGAGAUGAUCUGGUUAGA